AAGCUCCGCUAUCUUUUCUUUGUUAACAGAAAGCGCGCCGACGUCGAACUUGCAAAAUCUUUGCGUGCAAAAUUUGGACCAGAUCCAGUCCUUAUUCUUGGUAACUGGAUCCCAAGCAUGACCUGUCAUCGUGAGUCAAUUCGUGGCAAGGGGCUGCAGGAGAUGCUAAUAGGCCAGGGGUCCACUGUUUACUUGAUCGACGAGUAUUGCACCUCAGCGUUUUGCCCAGCAUGUGAGGGCAACUGCCUGCAAACCUUUAGGGCCGGCGGAACGCGGGUUGGGGAUAAAGAAAAAGUGCCAUCAGGCAAACGAAAGUGGAAUCGUGACAUGGCUGCGGUGUUGGACUUUCGCAUCCUUUUUAAUGCCCUGCUUAAAGGCAAGCGUCCUCCUCGUUUCUUGUGUAAA